AUGGCUUCAAACAAGCAGGGAAAGAUGAUCAAUUAUAGGAUGAGGGUUACUUUGACCGAUGGCCGACAGAUGACCGGCCAGAUGCUUGCAUUCGACAAGCACAUGAACCUCGUUCUCGCAGACACCGAAGAGUUCCGUCGAGUAAAGAAGAGAUCCGCCAAAGGAGGACAGUCUGCGGCAGGCAGCACCCCACAGCUGGUCGAGGCAGAGGAGAAGAGAACGCUGGGACUCACGAUCGUGCGCGGAACACACGUUGUAUCAUGUUCGGUCGACGGCCCACCACCAGCAGAACCAGCUGCUAGACUAGGAACGACCGCUACCGGUAUCCCUGGUGGUGUCUCCGCGACACUCGCUGCGGGCCCUGGAAUCAGCAAACCUGCUGGAAGAGGGCUGCCUGUUGGUCUUGGUGGACCGGCUGCUGGCGUUGGAGGGCCACCUCCUCCUGCUGGAUUUGGCGCAUUCCCACCACCGGCGGGCUUCCCUGGUGGCCCGCCUCCUGGCUUUGGAGGUCGAGGAGGACCUCCUGGAGGACCGCCUGGAGGACCACCCGGAUUUGGACCUCCACCAGGCUUUGGCGCUCCUGGAGCCCCUGGCGGACCUCCUGGAGGAUUCCAACCACCACCUGGCUUCCAGCCUCCAGGGCAAGGGAGGGGCUUCCCACCUGGUAUGGGCGGACGAUAA